CAGUCUAGAGGAUCCAUACAUGAAGUAAGUAAUUUCUUUGAUGUUACUGCUGACUAUAAAGAACACCGGGCCUUGGGGACUUUCGGUGAGUCAGUUAGUUCGGGAUGAAAUCAUCCAUAAACCUUAGUGACUGGAGUGGCGAAGCUCGAUCGUUUAUACAACAAGCGAGCUUUCAUGAAUAUGAUGCGAGUCAACUAUACUAACUUUGGAAUAAUUUUUUCGUUCGUGGUUGUGCUUUUCAUAUUUUACAAACUAACGCAGUCCUCGUCGGAAAGUCGUUCUCAAACUGUGCAUGUAAGGGUGACUCCACUGACCAGCAACAAGCUUCCUUCAGAUUCUUCAAUAGCUUUAAAAUCAUUGAUCAGUGGCUCAAAAAGUGGGUUGUUUGAUGCAAGUCUAAAGCAAGCUCAAGAUACCAUAGAGGCUCUCAAAAAGCAGCUUGCUGAAGUAUCAAGAAAUACAGUCAAACACAAAGACAUGGAACCUGUUAAAAGAAAGUUUAGUGGUCACAAACUUAUUCAUUUGGAUCUGAAAGGUGCACCAAUGAAAAUGACCUUUCUGAUACAGGUGCUACCAUAUUUUAAGAAGUGGGGAGCAACAGGCUUACUGGUUGAAUAUGAAGAUAUGUUUCCCUACAAGGCAAAAUAUGAAGUCCUACAAGCAAGAAACUCUUACAGUGAAGCUGAAAUAAAACAGUUGCUGGAGAAAGCAGCAGCAAAUGAUCUUAUCAUAAUUCCACUGGUGCAGACAUUUGGUCAUCUGGAGUUUGUCCUAAAGCAUAAGGAGUUUGCCCAUCUUCGUGAAACAGAACUCUUUACUAAUUCAUUAUGCCCAAAUAACAAAGACUCUGUUCCAAUGGUGGUAGAUAUCAUUGAUCAAGUGCUAGCCCUUCAUGCUGGUGUGCAGUGGUUUCAUAUUGGAGGAGAUGAAGUGUGGAAUCUCAAGACAUGUCCGGUCUGUCUUAAAGAUGCACGUAAUAAAUCUGAACUGUUUGUGCAUCACAUGAAACCCAUUCUCAAACACUUGCAAAGCAAGAAGGUAACACCAAUUAUGUGGGAUGAUAUGAUGAGACACUGGCCCGUGGGAUACUUGAAAGAGCUUGGUCCUCUUGUUGAGCCAAUGGUGUGGGCCUACAGAUCUGAUCUCACUGACUAUUUUCCUUCUGGUAUGUGGGAGAGAUAUGGUGAAGCUUUUAAGAAGAUUUGGGCUGCUAGUGCCUUCAAAGGGGCCACUCACCCAUGGAGCAACUUUGUCCCAAUUGGAUUUCAUGUGCAAAACAAUUUAUACUGGUUGGAUAUCAUUUCCAAGUUACCAUCCACACUGGAAGUUAAUGGUGUAGCCCUGACGGGCUGGAGCAGAUAUGAUCACUAUGCCACUUUAUGUGAGCUUCUUCCAGCAGCUCUUCCUUCAUUAGCGUUCUGCCUUAAAGCAUUGAAUGAAGGUUAUAUGGACGAGGAACUUAAAAAAGUGACAGCAAAAAAACUGGGGCUUCCUGAAACAUUUGCUCUCAAUGUGGAGAGAUUUAAUAACAAGUUCUAUCCGCCGGAAGGAACUUUUCCAGGUCAUGAAAUAUACACACUUGUUGCCCACCUGGAGAAGGCAGUGUACUUAACGAGAGGUUUUGCAAACAUAGAGCAAGGCUGGUUACUAGAUCGUGAAGUACAAAACAAGUUUCUAAGUUAUUUUCAAGUGGAGAUGGCAUAUAACAGGACUAUGAAAGCGUUACAGAUUCUAACAUCGUUGAAAUCUGAGGUACGAAAAGUUUUGAAUCCAGUGUACGACGACAGUGUGGUAAAAGAAUGGACUAAAGACAAAAUCGAUGAUGGUCUCAAUCAUUUGAACGGCGUUAAACCCAGAUUAGAAGAGUUGAAAAAAAUAGCUGCUGGAGAAGAAGAAAAACAAGAAGAACCCGUGAAGAAAGGGAAAAGCUAAAAAGCAGCACUGCAUUGUACGAGAGUUACAAAAAAUAAUUGGAGUUAAGUCAGUGUGUAGCAUGCAGGAAAAGGAAAAAAGGGCUUCUUGAAAGUGUCCAGUCCCUUUCUUUAUUACCUAUAGAGUGAUAAGUUAAUAAACAACCCACAACGGAUAAGGAGGGUAAGUUUCUAAAGUUGGUGAGGGGGGGAGGGGUGUAACAAAGAUGAUAUAUAUUAGUAUAUAAUAAAACCGUGGAUAGCGUUGAAGGCGCGCUCUGAUUGGCUAGUUAAACUCCGAAUAUCCUUUGCUAUUUACCUCCGAGCAA